AUGGUGAUAUUGUCCACGGCCAUCAUUAAAGUGAAAGAUGCAGAUAAUAGUUACCAGUUUGCUAGAGCAUUCCUGGACAGCGGCUCUCAGCCUAGCUUCAUCACCGUCGCUGACAUAGCCGACUUUGUACUGCAAAAGCUGACCGUCUCGCUACCCAGUCAUCACAUUGACGUUUCACGAUGGCGGAUCCCACGCCACCUACCGUUGGCUGAUCCCCAGUUCAACAUUAGUCAGGGGAUUGAUAUCAUCAUUGGCGCAGAAUUGUUCUUCGAUUUGUUGGAGAAUAAACAAUUUUCGCUAGCAGUGGGCUACCCACUACUCCAAAAGACCAUUCUGGGAUACAUUGUUUGCGGAAGGGUUGCGGAGCCAAUCACAGAACAAACUUCCGUACAAAGCAGGCACGUCUGCACAGAAGACCUACUCGAUAGUCAACUUAAACGAUUCUGGGAAGUCGAUAAUUUCGAUGACGGUAAAGCGUACACCAGCAACGAGCAAGCUUGCGAGGACCACUUCAAUGAAAAUAUUUCUCGAGGUUCAGAUGGACGGUAUAUAGUUCGCCUUCCGUUGCGGCAAGAGAUGUUAACGAUGAUUGGAGAUUCGUAUACUCCGGCACUACGGCGGUUCCUGUCGAUGGAAAAGACGUUCGGCAACGAUGAAGAUCUCCAUCUGGAAUACAGCAAUUUCAUUGAGGAGUACGACAGGUUAGGUCACAAGGAGGUGAUAUCGCACGCGUCGUGUAGCCCACAGUUUUUCUUACCCCACCAUGCCAUCCAUCGCCCUGAAAGCACAACUACUAAAAUUCGAGUAGUGUUUGACGGAUCCAGUCGUGGUUUAACUCAGCUUUCGCUCAACGACGUCUUGUUUUCUGGUCUCACAGUGUAG